GUUGAAGUUGUGUCGCGGUCGCUCUCUUCUCUCGCGCGCGUGUGUUAGUGUAUGCUAGUGUGUGUGUGUGCUGGCGAUUAAGUCAAGAGCCAGUUUUCUUUAAAUAAAAAUAAAAGUUUCUAAAAAUCAUCACACGAUUUUUAAAUACCCAAUUCCGCGCCACAAAUCUAAAAAAUCUCAAAAUAUGCAGCAGGAAAUGUGAUGUCAGCACAUAUUGCCCCGCGGCAACAACAAAUUUUACUAUCACCGCCGACAAAAGAGCAAAUAUCGCCCCCCAACAACAAGAAUAACAGCAUCGGAUAUAUUGCACCGAUCUGAAGAUGUUGCACUUGCAUUUGUUUUUGCUACCGCUGCUACUGCUCAACACAUGCUCGCAACACAUUUUCCAGCCGGCGGAAGCGACGACGUUCCAUCAGCCAGGAGAAAAGCCAAAAGCGCACACCGCCGACCAUUUACCCGUCCUCGACGAGUUCUCAACUCACACUGUGAUACGACCGCAGGUGCAACAUGAACGCACCAAGCGCAGCCUGCUAAGCACUCUGGAUGCCACCGACGGCCUUCACACGCCGCACAUUAGCCUGAGCUACACCCACGAGGGCAAGCGGGUCACCAUCGACCUGCAGCGCAACGAUCGCCUGCUGCCGGACUCCCACUUCCUGCGAUAUCAGAACUCCUCCGGCGGACCACACACCGCUGGCCAUGUGGUUCGCAACUUUACCAAGACUGAGGUUGAUUUAUGCCACUAUCAGGGACACAUUCGAGGUCAACCGGAUUCUGUGGUAGCCCUCUCCACCUGCGAUGGUGCUUUGGAUGGCAUCGUUUUCGAUGGAAGGCAAACGUACUUUAUCCAUCCACAUGUGCACGGCAAGGGACGAUUGCAGGAUGACCAUUAUCUGCUCAGACAGGCGGACAUGCAUCCAACGAACGCCACCUGUGGCUACGAAAGCCACAGGGACGACCACAGUCACGACCACGAAAAUGGACUAGGAGCGGAGAUUCCAUCACUGCCACUCCGCCUGGAUGGCGGAGAAUUCGGGAGGACACUGCUCCGGAAGAGGCGGCAAGCGGACGACAGCAGUCAACUGAUCCGGGGACCGUACAAUGCCAACAAAUACUCCAGCUACGUGGAGCUGGUCAUCGUGGUGGACAACAAGGUGUACAAGAACUUUCAGGAGAGUGCCAAGAAAGUGCACCAGCACUGCAAGAAUCUGGCCAACAUUAUCAAUGCGCUCUAUGUCCCCCUGAAUAUAUUUGUGGCUCUGGUGGGCGUUGUGAUCUGGAACGAGUCCAACGAGAUAGAGUUCUCCGUGGAUGGCGACGUGACGCUGCGCAAUUUCCUGAACUACCGCAGCACCAAACUGGUGCUGGAGCAUCCCAACGACAAUGCCCAGCUGCUGACCAAGGAGACCUUCACCGGAGGCGUGGUGGGCAAGGCAUUGAAGGGUCCCAUCUGCACGUACGAGUACUCCGGCGGAGUGAGCAUGCAGCACAGCCCCAACACGGCGAUGGUGGCCACCACAAUGGCCCACGAGAUGGGCCACAACUUUGGCAUGGAGCACGAUUCGCCGGACUGCCAUUGUCCGGACGAGAAGUGUGUGAUGGCGGCCUCGAGUACCUCGUUCAUUCCGGUCAACUGGAGCAGCUGCAGCAUCGACCAGCUCACGAUAGCCUUCUCGCGCGGAAUGAACUACUGUCUGAGAAACAAGCCGGAAAGGUUGUUCGAGUCGCCCACCUGUGGCAACGGUUUCGUGGAGCCCGGCGAACAGUGCGAUUGCGGGCUGCCGGAGCAUUGUGAGAAUGCCUGUUGCAAUGCCCAAACCUGCAUGCUGCACGCGAACGCCUCCUGUGCCACCGGGGAGUGCUGCGAUCUGACCACCUGCCUGCCCAAAUUGGCGGGCAGUGCCUGCCGGACGGCGGAGAACGAGUGCGAUUUGCCGGAGUACUGCACGGGGGAGUCCGAGUACUGUCCGGCGGAUGUCUUCCGGCGGGACACGGAGCCCUGUGAUGGCGGGCAAGCCUACUGCUUCCACGGCACUUGUCGCUCGCACUCCAAACAGUGCCGGACGUUGUGGGGACCCACGGGCGAAAACUCGGAGCACUGCUACUACAAAAACACGGAGGGAAGCCGACUGGGAAACUGCGGCUACAAUCGCCUAAACAAGACCUAUUUGCCGUGCGAGAAGGAGCAUGUCAACUGUGGAAUGCUGCACUGCAUCCACCUGAACGAACGACUCGAGUUCGGAAUGGAGUCGGCGGCCGUGUUGUCCCACUCCUACGUCAGCCACAAACAAAAGAUUGUGGCCUGCCGCACCGCGCUGGUGGACCUGGGCCUGCAGACCACCGAUCCCGGCCUGACGCCCAAUGGAGCCAAGUGCGGCGACGAUAAGAUGUGCGUGGACCAGCGGUGCCUGCCCGUGGAGGUGGUUCGCCAGAAGGGCAUGGGUACGCCGUGUCCAAACGACUGCUCGGGCAACGGCAUCUGCAACAGUCGAGGACAUUGCCACUGCGAUGUUGGUUUCGGCGGAGAGUCGUGCUCGAAGGCGGGUUCGGGAGGAUCCCCGGACAGUGGACCAGCCACAGAUCCGAAUGGUUCUGUUGUACUCAAGCGCUUCCUGUACGUGCUGUUCUUCAUCGUGCUGCCCAUGGUGGGCGGCUUCUGGUUGAUCUAUCAGUGCUACAAGAACGGAAUCUUCACCCAAGGAAAACUGGCCGACAAUAUUUUGAAAUCCUCGGGCGGAAGCAAACCAAUAACAACGAGAAGCAACCAAAAUGGCAGUGGUCCACCAACUGGAAACGGAUUACUCAAAUCCACACCUAGUAGUACUGAUGACAUGGACUCGGCGCUCCUAAAAUCCCCAAGUGACUCCGCACCCACCGCUGGACUAUUUGGCAAAUUCGAUGGUUUUACUCUGCGUCCAUUGAACGACGCCUCUUCGCCGGCCAGCAACUACAGUGGGCCGAAUGUGGCCUUUGUGCAACCCACUGUGCAGCAGGAUGGACCACAGCGGGUGGCACCUCCUCCGCCGGCUGUCAAGGCGGGAACGACCCCGAAUCCUGCCCCCUCCGCUCCAAAACCAGAAGUCACUUGGGUGAGGCCAGCACCUGCUCUGCCGCCGCCCAACCCGGGCUCCACGGCGCGUCCCAUCAUCUCUCCCCCCAAACUGGACUCCAGUACAAUAACCAUGGUGCCGCUCAAGGGCAGCACGGAGGAUCUCUCGCCCACUCGGUCUGCACCAGCUCCCCCAGUUCCGCUGCACGCCGAUCCCAAGCUGAAUGUUAAACGAGAUGGCACCAUUCGUCGCUUUGCUUCGUUCCUCAAAAAGGAGGAGAAGGCGCCGCUUAAGGAAAAGACAUACAUCAACAGGGAGCGGCUGCGAACUCUGGAAAUUUCCGCUCCCAUGCCUGUGCCCGCUGCUCCCCAAACGGAGUCCUCCAAUUCGGAUUCGGAGACCACGCCCCGCGAAGAGGAGACCCAGAAUCUGGUAAAACGCGCCCAGUCCAUGCGCUCCCCCACGAAAAAGACAUCGGUGCAGAGCUUCGGAUCCAUGCGUUCACCUCCGGGAUUGCCACGCCCCAAAAGUGGCCAGGUGAACAGCAGUGGCACCUCGAGACCCAAGUCACCGCCACCCAGGCCUCCACCAGUGGUGCUCAAGAAAACCAACUCCAUUAGCUCCUCCGGCUAUCAGCGACCAGUGGCCACGGCCCAGAGAUCGGUGGAGAACACCUACGACGACUGCGAGUUCGUGGAGAACGAGGUUCGAGCCUCCAACGACGACAUAUACUCGGUAAUUGAUGAGAUUCCACCAGCGGCACAGACCCUCAAGCGGAGCGAUCUGGUGGCCAGCAGGGCCAGCAAUGGUAGCGAUAUGGGAUUACUAAACGAAAUAGUUAAUGAACUAGAGAAGAUCAACGGUGAUUCGAUAUAUUCGGGGAAGCCCGUAGCUGCAGCAGCUUCGCCAGCUCCUGCAGAUCCCCCUCAGAGUCCCCAGCGACCUGCUCCACCCAAGCCAGCGAGCAGUGUGCUGGAGGAGAAGGCAGCCAAUGCAUCUGCAUCGAGCACAUAUCAUCGCCCGCCGCCAGUCAAUGCGCCCGUGGCUCGGGUCAAGCCCACGGUGGCGGACAAGUCGCAGCCGCUGCCCAGCAUGUCCAGCUUUAAGCCGCCGGCGGGAACCGGCGGUCAGGCCCAGCCAGCGCCUGUUGUCCAGCUGGCCAAGCGGAGCAGCAGCGGCAGCAUCAGCGGAGUGGCCAACUCCACCCGUCCCAAGUCCUUCAUGAAGAGCACAACGAAAGCACUGCCCAACGGGUCGGCAGGGGCGGCAGUCACUGCGCCCUCGGCCACCAUCCAGAAGCCCAAGCCGCUCUCGGCCAAGCCAUCGUUUAGCGGCGGAGUAGGUGUGGGAGCAGGUGGUGUCCUGGGAAAGCGGGCCAACGGAGGGGCUGCCCCCACACCACCCACAGUGAAGGCGGCGUCGGCGGUGUCGGCGGCGCCAAAGUCCAACAUUGCAUCGCUGACACAGCGAUUCGAGCAGAGCAAGUAGAUUAAGUAAAACUAUGAUAAGAAGCUUGAUCCGGGGCAUAGCGAGUAAUACUCAAUGGAAAGAAACGAACAAGGGUAAACGUUCAUCAGGUUUUUGAAAACUGUUCAUUAGCCUUACCAAUUUGUACUCAUUUAACUCCUAUUUAUUACAACUUUCGAUAUUUUUAAAUUACUUAAGAAAGGUUAGAACAAAUGAUUCGAUAUUUAAGUACUACGGUUUGAUUUACGAUAUAAUGUAAGAUGUUACACACUACAAUGCCUUUUUGGAAAAAUUAGGAAAAAACUUAAGCUUAAAUUCUCUGCCAUUUUGCGAUUCUUUGCUAUGCUCUUGGUCUGGCUAAAUCCCCAUCCUCCGUGGAAUUGACUUAAGCUUUAGUUAAGAUACGAUCAAAUUUUAUUUGGCACUGACUAUGACUACGACUGCGUCGCCUUUGAUAUUCAUUCCUUUACCGAUAUCCCACUUGUUAGACGUAAGUCGUUGCUUAACCCAUGUGCUAAGUAUGUAUCUCAAUGGUUAAUGUUUAUUUAUAUUUUAGCCCCUAACGAUAGUUUCGUACGCGUAUCUGUAUCUAGACUUUACUCUACAGUAAUCCCAUGUAUUUAUGUAUAUGUUUAUACGCAAUAUGCUUUUGUAAAUAAAAACCAAAGAUGUUAAAUUGUCACAACAAA